AUGGACCCUAAUUACUAUUCUCAAAAUUUAAAAAACAAUUUUGAUGAUUUUGAUCUCAACUCUGACAACAAUCAGCAUCCCGGCUAUGAUUCUUAUUCGCAGGGUAAUUCUUCCUCUCAAAAUUUCCAACAAUCUUUUUAUGCUAACACUAUUGUUGACCGUGAAGCUAUAGAGGAACGUGUUAUGGAGACACAAGAACCGAUCAUGACACAUCCAUUGCCCGUCAACCCAAAUCAACCAAUUAAGGUUGCAUCUCAGUCUCGAAGUUGGUCGAUUCAGGAGGAUGAAGCUCUGGUUGAUUCCUACAUUAAAGUUUGCUCCGAUCAGAUUAUUGGCACCAACAUAAGAAAAGCUGAUAUUUGGAGGCAAGCUGCUGCGCGCUAUAGCCAAAUUCAAGUAGGUAGACCGUACGAACUUCCUAUAAGAAAUGCAAAAUGUUUAGAGAGUCGUUGGGGAAGGAUGUCUCCAGACAUCAUGUUGUGGGCUGCUAGUUUUGAAAAGGCUGGUAGGUUAUUUGCAAGUGGGAAUAAUGAUGCGGACCAAGUUGCUACCGCUCACCAGCUAUUCCGCACAGAAAACAAAAAGAACUUCACAUUGAUGCAUGCUUGGAAGAUGCUUACUAAAGAAAACCCAAAGUAG